CAUUGAAAAUUUGAAAUGGAAGACAAGUUGCACCUCUAAUCUAUUGAAUGGUAAAAACUACGGUGUAAUUUUUUUGAAAACUAUAUUUUUAGAUCCAGGUGUCAUAGUAUUACUCUGCAUGAUCCGUGAGGUUCGAAGGUCUAACUGAAGGAAGAGGAGGUGGUCGGUACCUUUGUGCCAGAGGAGCACAAUGAUGUACUGACUAGAACUUUAGGGACUGCUGAGCGCCCGGGGCGGACGAGGGGUGUUGGGUCAUACGUGGGCUUACGUAAAGUCUUCAAAGGCAACAUGAAGCCCGUAAGCCUGAAGGUUGCUGCUUGUUACUUGAGGAUCUCUGGUCCAGCCGAUUAUAUAGUGGCACAUGGAUUGGUUUUCCCACGUGCACCGGGAGAUGUGGUGCACGGUGUUCCCCUCCUUCCACACCAGGUUAAGGUCGGCGUGACCUUGGUGCUUCCUAGAAUGGGUGAAUAUCACAUUCCUUGUCCGACUGAGCACAUAGAGACCGUCACAUAUUGCGAAGGGAGCUUCGUCGCAUGGCCAAAGUCAUUGGUGAGCCUUGGAAAUACAUCCACCGAAAGGGCUACCACAUCGGGUGGCCGGCGUAGUCGUGGAGGGUAUACCUACCCUGACCGGUCUUCAUCUUACACUGCUGGUUCUUUUCAAUGCUGCAACAUCCCUGGUCAUGAUGCCAAGGUUUGUCAGAAGCUUGCCCACUUUCUUCGUGAGCAUGGUGUUGUUCCAAUUGUUCACAAUACUCAAAUGGAUCACCCACUGGUCAAUUUCACUAUAGCCUCCAACCCUUCCAUGUCCCCAUGGCUCUUUGACAGUGGGGCUAGUCACCACACCACGCCAACUCCGCAUGUUCUGCAGUCCUUCUCUGACUAUGGUGGUCCUGAUGAGAUCUGCCUGGGAAAUGGACCGGCCUUAACCACUGUCCGCAUCGACCUCAAGUUCAUCAUGUGCAACCUCUCCGACCACGACCGUCGCAAGAUCGGAGCGAUCGUGGCCCUCGAGAUCCUCCGCUUUCGCGACAUCGUCCUCCUCAACUGCACUGAGAACAUGAACACCGGCAAGACGCACACCUACUUCUCGUCCCUUCCGGGGAUCCUCCCGCGCUACGACUACGUCAUGAAGGCAGACGACGACACGUACCUGCGGCUGGAGCGGCUGGCGGCGUCCUUAGAGAGGGCACCGAGGGACGAUCUGUACUACGGUUUCGUCAUCCCCUGCCCCAGCAUGAACCCUUUCGUGGGGUACAUGUCGGGGAUGGGGUACGUGCUGUCGUGGGAUCUGGUGGAGUGGAUCGGGCGGUCGGGGAUCCCGGCGAACAACACCCGGGGGCCGGAGGAUAAGCUGGUGGGGCAGUGGCUGGACGCGGGGAAGAGGGGGAAGAACCGGGUGAACAACAAGCCGGCGAUGUACGACUACCCGGGGAGUAACGGGAAGUGUUCCCACCAGCUGAUCCCGGACACCAUCGCCGUCCACCGCCUCAAGAAGGUGGAGCAAUGGGUGCAUGUCUUGACCUUUUUUAAUGUCACCCCGCCGCCACUCUAAUGGAAGAUGCCCAUUCAUUAUAUUGGUCUGUGUCUUUAAUUUCCCAUGUAUGUGACUAUGUGAGUAUGUCAUUUGUAAUUUGUCCUAGUUGAAUGUUUAGUUAUUUUUAGGAGGAAUUUACUUAAAAUUUAACAUUUUGAAGAUAAAUUUCUAAAGAUAGU